CUUGGGUGCUGGGCCGGCGCUCCUUGCACCUCCCGCUUGGACAUUUCAGUUGCAUCGAUCGCUUUGAUUGCAUCGGUCGCUUUGAUUGCAUCGAUCGCUUUGGUCAUUUCAAUCUUGGACACUGAGCUCCCGCUCUCGCUUCCUUGAACUGCCGAGCAGCCGAGCCGCCGUUGCUUGCACCCCCGUUACCUUGCUCCCCCUGCAUCAGCGUUUCGUCUCCGUCCAGUCAUGUCCAUCGUCUACUACAAGUUCAAGGCCGCAAAGUCCUUCGACACCGUCAUCUUUGACGGCACUACCAUCUCGGUCUUUGAUCUCAAGAAGGAGAUCAUGCAGCAGAAGAAGCUCGGCAAAGGCACCGAUUUCGAUCUCAGCAUCCACAACGCCGAAACCAGCGAAGAAUACUAUGACGACAACUACAUGGUGCCGCGGAAUACAUCGGUGCUGGUCAGCCGCAUGCCGGCCCGGCAUCCCGGCAAGGGCACGGCCCAGAAAUACGUCAGCUCCGUCGCCAACCCAACGACAGUGGCAUCCAGCCGGACAGGGUCGGCCUUCGGCCAUCCUGCUGCACCAGGAAGAUCAUCGACCAUGACCCUGAACAACACGGGUUCGACCCAGGGACAAGUACCCAAGGGCAUAACCGAGUACUCGCAAGAGAUGCUCGAGGGUCUGACUGAAGACGAGAAGAUCCAAGCCAUGUUCAAGCAGUCGAAUGAGAACUGGAUGAUCGAGCAGGACCGAAUGUCCCAUCAAAAGCCUGUCAUCAAAUCACACUACUCCAGCCGUGGCGGUCGUGGUGGCCAUCGCGGUGGAUUUCAAGGCACUGGAGACCGUGGCGGCUCCCAGAGCGCCUCGCAUACCUCAAGCAUGGUUUCUGGAGGCAGCGGCGCUUAUCAUGGCGACGCCGAUUGGCGCAACAACAACAUGAAUCAAGAACUGCCACCCGGGUACAUUUGCUAUCGCUGUGGGCAAAAAGGCCACUUUCUCAACCAGUGCCCUACCCAUGGAGACGCCAAGUUUGACCGGCCGAAGCUCAAGCGCACGACGGGAAUCCCCAAGGUCUUCUUGACUGUCGUUGAAGAUGCACAGGCUAGCGAUGGCGUCAUGAUUACACAGACCGGGGAGCUGGUGGUAGUCAAGCCCAACGACACGGCCUGGAACAAGAUGGCGGCGCAGACCCGAGGCACAACCGAAAGCGUCUACAGCAACGCGCCCGUCCCCGAUGAGCUGGCCUGCAAGAUUUGCCGCAAGCUUCUGCGGGAUGCUGUGGAGAUCCCCUGCUGCAAAACCCUCUUCUGCGAUGACUGCAUACGACUGUCGCUGCUUGAGAAUCCAGAUCCGGCUCUGAAACUCAAGUGCCCUCAGUGCAACGCCGAUCAGUCGCCCGAUAACCUGGUCGAGAGCUUCGAGGCUCGCCAGAGGGUGGAGGAGCACAUCCGAUCAUUCAUCAAAGCCAAGAACAGGACCGCCGAUGAGCGUGACGACCGCGAUAUGCAUCUCGAACGCACUCAGGGCCGCCAAGACAAAGAGGCAGAGAAGACAACGGCGCUGGCAACUGCGCCGGCGUCGGCGUCGGCAUCGGCGGCUCCGUCGCAGCAGCCCCAGAAGGCAUAUACCUUCAUCGCUUCUCAGAAGAACGACCCGCACUACCGGGAGCGUGGUGACUCACAUUACCGAGAUCGCGAUGCGAAUCCAAGGGACCGGCCCGAUUCGCACCGGCAUGGAGGUGGUUCUCACGACGCAAGCCAGAGAAUCUCGACCAUCCAGACCAUGGACGACUCUCGAAUGGGCGGCAAGCCCACUAAAGACUUUGCCCGGCCCGGCGGGUAUCCCGGAGGCCACUAUCGAGGGCCCAACAUGAUGUACGGCAGCGGCUCGAGCCGCGACUCCAUGAUGAUGGCUCCACCGGGGGUCUACUACGACAACGACAUGAUGAACGCCGGCAAUCCCUAUGGCGCGCCGCCUGAUUUCUACGGACCAGGACAGGGCGGCUCGUACAUGCCUGGCCCUGGAGGGAUGCCCAUGGGAAUGAUGGGUGGCAAUGCGAUGCCUAUGAUGGGCAUGCCCGGCGGAAUGGACCCGCACUUUGAUAGGUCGUUCCACAAGCGCAAGCGCCAACGAGAGCAGGAGGAUGUGAUUGACCCGAUGAGUCGGAACUCGAAGCGAUAACGGGCAUUGCCCGUGCUCUGCGAUUGCGGUGGAAUGUGGCGCGCCGCGGCCACGCACUGGAGGGGGCGAUCUGCCUCCUCCGUAUAUCAAUAUAUCAAUCUAUCAAUCUAUCAAUCAAUAUAUCAAUGUAUCAAUCUAC